UUCAAAUCUCUGCAUGAGUGUUGAGUCAAAGUGGUUGGCACAGUUAAGUUUUUUUGGGGUUGGGUUAAAAUAUUUUCGCUCAUUUAAUUUUCUCUGUAAUGCUUUUACUAUCCUGAGGGAUUAGAGUAGGGUCCCUCACUUGUAGGGUGCAUGGUCUGGUCCAUUUGGCUAUUCUUUCUCUCUUCCUCGCUCUACAUAUAUGCUUGUUAGUUCAAAGGCCGAUCUAGCUCUAUAUAUAUGCUCCCUUCUGAGCUCUGAGUAGCUUCAGCUAGAGCAAGCUUAAGCCCAUACCAUUUAGUCAUUCACAACUCUUUGUGGAGUGGGCUUGGAGUCUUUCUGGAAGCAUCAAUGGCUUUUUUCAUGGUGUUUCUUGUAAUAUUUCUCUUGUUGCUCUGUAUCUCCUCUGCUUUGUUGAGAUGGAAUGAGGUGAGAUACAGGAAGAAAGGCUUGCCUCCUGGUACUAUGGGCUGGCCAGUUUUUGGAGAGACUACUGAGUUUUUAAAGCAAGGUCCAAACUUCAUGAAAAACCAGAGAGCAAGGUAUGGCAGUGUUUUCAAAUCCCACAUUCUUGGCUGUCCUACUAUUGUUUCCAUGGAUCCAGACCUCAAUAGAUACAUUCUCAUGAACGAGGCAAAAGGGCUUGUUCCUGGUUACCCUCAGUCCAUGUUAGAUAUCUUAGGCAAAUGCAACAUUGCAGCAGUUCAUGGCUCCACUCACAAGUACAUGAGAGGGGCACUUCUUAGCCUUAUUAGCCCUACCAUGAUCAGAGAACAACUUUUGCCCACAAUUGAUGAGUUUAUGAGAAUCCAUCUCAGCGAUUGGGAUAACAAAAUUAUUGACAUCCAACUGAAAACUAAAGAGAUGGCACUUCUCUCCUCUCUCAAGCAAAUUGCUGGCAGUGAUUCUAGCACAAUAUCUCAAGCAUUUAUGCCUGAGUUUUUCAAGCUGGUUUUAGGCACUCUGUCAUUGCCGAUUGACGUUCCUGGCACAAAUUAUAGUCGAGGAAUUCAGGCUAGGAAGAAUAUUGUAAGCAUGUUGAGACAACUAAUAGAAGAGAGAAGGGCAUCAAAAGAAACUCAUCAGGACAUGCUUGGUUGCCUGAUGAAAAGUGAAGAAAGUAGAUACAAAUUAACUGAUGAAGAAAUAAUUGAUCAAAUAAUCACCAUUUUGUACUCGGGAUAUGAAACAGUUUCUACUACGUCAAUGAUGGCAGUCAAGUAUUUGCAUGAUCACCCGAGAGUUCUUCAAGAACUAAGAAAAGAGCAUUUAGCAAUUAAAGAAAAGAAAAGGCCUGAGGAUCCAAUUAACUUGACUGACCUUAAAUCUAUGUGUUUUACUCGUGCGGUGAUUUUUGAGACCUCAAGACUGGCUACAAUUGUUAAUGGGGUUUUGAGGAAGACUACGGAAGAAAUGGAACUAAAUGGAUUUGUGAUUCCAAAAGGAUGGAGAAUCUAUGUGUAUACUAGGGAGAUAAACUAUGAUCCCUUUUUAUAUCUAGAGCCAUUAUCCUUCAACCCAUGGAGAUGGCUGGAUAAGAGCCGCUUGGAGUCUCAAAACUAUCUUUUCAUUUUUGGAGGAGGUACCAGGCAGUGUCCUGGAAAGGAACUAGGAAUAGCAGAAAUUUCUACUUUCCUUCACUACUUUGUAACUAGAUACAGAUGGGAAGAAGUUGGGGGAGACGCACUAAUGAAAUUUCCAAGAGUUGAAGCACCAAAUGGGCUACACAUCAGGGUCUCGUCUUACUAACUAACCUAUGAAUGUACAUAAGAGACAUACAGCAAUUAUCAGAAAAGGGACAAGGAUGUAAAAAUGAUGUUCUAACAGAUUAGAAAGUGACACUGAACAUUUCCAUUUUUGGCUAUAAACUUCUUCUUCUUGCUUCUUCA